AUGUUACCGAUACGUUACACCUAUGCAGUGCUGCUUCCGUACGUGAUUUUCAUUCUGCUAGCUUCAUCAGACGGAAGGAGAAAAAAAAAAGGUGUCCAAAAGGAACUCGUCGGGCGGCGUUCCUUUCUUGGUCCAGAUACACGGACAGUGGAAAAAAAAAAAAAACUGGAGUCAAAGUUGGACGUAAAAUUGGAAUUCACCUUAAAAUCGACGUCAACGCCGAUUACAACGCCGAAGCUGGAACUGCCCUGCCCGUACGACGGUGUGAGAAUAGGCCAGGGCUACGACAUUCACCAGAUACGGGUGGGCCGCCCGGAAGACAUCACCGCGAAUUCCAACGCGGACUCCAACGCGGACUCCAGCGCGGGCUCCUCCUCUAAUGCCAACAAGCAGAGCUUCAAAAGGCUGACCAUCGGGGGGGUGCAAGUGGAUACCAUUUCCGUCCUGUCGCACAGCGAUGGGGACGUCGUUUUUCACGCAUUAGUAGACGCCCUACUUGGCGGCAUGAGUUGUUCCGACCUGGGAACCCUCUUUCCUGAUAACUCCCCAAAAUAUAAAAAUAAAAACUCACUCUCCUUUUUAAGAUAUGCCAGACUCCUUUUGUAUAAAAAAAAUUACGCCAUCGCAAAUGUAGAUAUCAUUGUCAUCGCGGAAGUUCCCAAGAUAAGCCCCAUUCGCGAAGAAAUUGUUCGCAACAUAUCUUCUGCUUUGGGCAUCUCGGAAUCGCAGGUCUCCCUCAAAGGAAAAACACACGAACAGCUCGGCCCCGUCGGACAGAAAAAGGCAAUCGAGUGCUUCGCAAACGCGCUCUUAAUUCGAAAAAAAACAGAAAAUAUCUGA